CUUUGGUUUGGCUUGGAUUCAGUAUUUUACUUCAUUUCCUUUCCGCUUUUUCCUCUCACUGGUCGACCUCACUUCUCUAUUCCUCACCACUGCCACCGUCGCCUCGUAGUCCUUGCAAGACGUCUUCGUUCCCUCUUUCCCAUCUUUCUUUCCUCUUUUCGAAAUCUCUCUCAUUUCUCUACAUCUCCCUCUAUUCUCUGGAUGCUACCCUCCCCUCCCCUCCCCUGCCCUCGCUGCCGCCAUAUUGCCAUUGGUGUAAUUUAUAUAGGUUCCGGUUUGAAGUUUUCUUCUGACAGGAGGUGUGUUUUUGGUGCAGUUGAUUUUGGUGGUAGUGGUUGUACUCACAGGCCUUGUCUAGCAUAAUUUAGAUGUUAACUCUAUCAAUCUAAUCUAAUCUAAUUAUUAUAUUGAAAAAGUAGUAAUUUCAAGAGUCACCUAAAUCGUAAGGCUUAUGUUGUUUUUAUUAUUUAUUGGAUAAGUGCGAUGAUUCCUAAGUUCAAAUUUCCUUUUAAGUUAAAUAUAUUUCAAGCGCCGGGAUGUCAUCUAUCCCCCACCCACUCUUCCUUCUCUCCAAUUUUCCAAUUCCUCAUCGAUUAGUUCGUACGUUUAGCCGCGAUUGAACAUACGGUUGCCAUCGGUUUUUCCUACUCUCUAGAUCCGUUUAAUGGCCAUCAGAGCAUUGUUUUGAGCUGGUCCUUGUCACGUUAAAAUGUGAUCCCUGCAUUUGUCUACAUUUCAGAGGUUUCGAGGCUUAAUCCAUAUUGUUCUCAUUUCUUUUUAAGAUGAAAGAGAGGUCAAAAUCUUCCUCUGCAAGCAAUCUUCCACUCAUCCUGGAUAUUGAUGACUUUAAGGGUGAUUUUUCUUUUGAUGCAUUAUUUGGGAACUUGGUAAAUGAGCUCCUGCCGGCUUUCCAAGAAGAAGAAGCAGAUACAGCAGAUGGACAUGGCAUUGGUGGGACAGAUGUUCUGCCAAAUGGACAUAUCCGUGCCCCUUCUGGUGCAACAAAAUUCCCACAAGGACUCUCUGCCCCUCUAUUCCCAGAAGUAGAUGCUCUAUUAUCGCUCUUUGAGGAUUCUUGCAGAGAGUUGGUUGAUCUUCGAAAGCAGAUUGAUGGAAAACUCUACAAUCUUAAGAAAGAGGUUUCUACUCAAGAUGCUAAGCACCGCAAGACACUAACUGAGCUAGAAAAAGGUGUAGAUGGCUUGUUUGACAGCUUUGCAAGAUUGGAUUCACGUAUUUCAAGUGUUGGGCAGACUGCAGCAAAAAUAGGAGAUCAUUUGCAGAGUGCAGAUGCUCAGCGUGAAACUGCUAGUCAAACAAUAGAGCUCAUAAAGUACUUGAUGGAGUUUAAUAGUAGCCCGGGCGAUUUAAUGGAACUUUCACCGCUAUUUUCUGAUGACAGCCGUGUUGCCGAGGCUGCCUCAAUUGCACAGAAAUUGCGAUCAUUUGCCGGGGAGGAUAUUGCUAGAGCCGUGCCAUCAGUUGUCGGAAGCGUAACCGCCAGCAGAGUAUUGGAAGUUGCAGUUGCUAAUCUUCAGGAGUAUUGCAAUGAACUGGAGAACAGAUUGUUGGCUCGGUUUGAUGCUGCAUCACAGAGAAGGGAAUUGUCUACCAUGUCUGAAUGUGCUAAAAUUUUAUCUCAGUUUAACAGGGGCACCAGUGCCAUGCAACAUUAUGUGGCAACCCGUCCAAUGUUCAUUGAUGUGGAAGUUAUGAAUUCAGACACCAGAUUAGUUCUUGGCAGCCAGGGUUCUCAAGCUAGUCCUAGCAAUGUUGCUCGUGGCCUUUCUUUACUAUACAAAGAAAUUACAGAUACUAUACGUAAAGAAGCAGCCACAAUUAUGGCAGUAUUCCCUUCUCCUAAUGAUGUUAUGUCAAUUUUAGUUCAGCGAGUUUUGGAGCAGCGAGUUACUACUCUUUUGGACAAAUUAUUAUUGAAGCCAUCUCUUGUGAAUCCCCCUCCCAUCGAGGAAGGUGGACUUUUAUUGUAUCUGAGAAUGCUAGCUGUAGCAUACGAGAAGACCCAGGAACUUGCUAGAGAUCUAAGAGCUGUUGGAUGUGGUGAUUUGGAUGUUGAAGGUCUCACAGAGUGUCUGUUUUCUGUUCACAAGGAUGAAUAUCCUGAACAUGAGCAAGCCUCUCUUAGACAACUAUAUCAAGCAAAGUUGGAAGAACUGCGUGCUGAAAGCCAGAAAGUUUCUGAGUCAAGUGGAACAAUAGGACGCUCUAAAGGGGCUUCAGUGGCUUCUUCUCAUCAGCCGAUAUCUAUUGCAGUUGUGACAGAGUUUGUACGGUGGAAUGAAGAAGCAAUAUCUAGAUGCACUUCGUUUUCUUCUCAGCCUGCUACACUUGCAGCCAAUGUAAAAUCAGUGUUUACUUGCCUACUGGACCAAGUCAGCCAGUAUAUAACAGAUGGACUUGAAUGGGCUAGAGAUAGCCUGAUUGAAGCUGCAGCCUUGAGGGAAAGGUUUGUGCUAGGUACAAUUGUUAGUAGAAGGGUCGCUGCUGCUGCUGCUUCUGCGGCAGAGGCUGCUGCUGCUGCUGGUGAAAGCAGUUUCAGAUCUUUCAUGGUUGCUGUACAACGUUGUGGCAGCAGUGUGGCCAUAGUUCAGCAGUACUUUGCAAAUUCUAUAUCUCGGCUCUUAUUGCCUGUUGAUGGUGCUUAUGCUGCUUCUUGUGAAGAAAUGGCCACAGCAAUGUCUAGCGCGGAGGGUGCUGCUUAUAAAGGGCUUCAGCAAUGCAUUGAAACCGUGAUGGCUGAGGUUGAACGGCUAUUAUCAGCUGAACAAAAGGCAACAGAUUACUGCUCACCUGAUGAUGGAAUGGCUCCCGAUCAUCGUCCAACAAAUGCUUGCACAAGAGUUGUUGCUUAUCUUUCUCGGGUCCUCGAGGCUGCAUUCACUGCACUAGAGGGUCUUAACAAACAAGCGUUCCUGACUGAACUGGGAAACCGCUUGCACAAAGGACUACUUGUUCAUUGGCAGAAGUUCACUUUUAAUCCUAGCGGAGGACUACGCCUGAAGCGUGAUAUAACUGAGUAUGGAGAAUUUGUGCGUAGUUUUAAUGCUCCUUCUGUUGAUGAGAAAUUUGAACUCCUUGGCAUCUUGGCCAAUGUCUUCAUAGUUGCUCCUGAAAGUCUCUCCACUUUGUUUGAGGGCACCCCUAGCAUCCGGAAAGAUGCACAAAGGUUUAUUCAGCUUAGAGAGGACUACAAGAGUGCAAAACUUGCAUCAAGACUUAGCUCUUUAUGGUCAAGUUCUAGUUGAUCCAGAGGUGGCAUGCUGAUAUGCUGUAUAGGUUCCUGGACAUUAUUUCAAGCAUUUUCCUUGUGGCUAACGCCUAGGUUGCCCAGUUUUGAGGCACAAAUACCAAGUCGAGUGCUGGUGGUGAGGAUAAUAAGCUCAUUGUUGAACUAAAAAUUGAGGACGUUAGAUUUUUUUUUUCUACAAUAUGUUUGUAUUUUUUGUUAUGGCAUUCAUUUUACUAGUUAUAUUAUUUUCAAUUUUCUCUUUGAAUUUUCAAUAAGCAAAGAUCUAGUGUCCCGGUUUGUUAGUACAUGGUAACCCUUGAUUGAGGGUUAUUUCUAUUAUUAAAGCUUGUGCCCGAUGGCCUCGUAUUUCUAAG